CAGCUGGCAUACUCACAAUGACCAAAUUGUGUUAAUCGUACUUUAAACCAAUACGUCGCUCCACGAUGAAGUUGCAAUAAAUGAUAUAUUUGCUUUCUAGACAUGAAUGAGAUGCCUUACUGGAUAUACUCCAGGAAGGCCAGAGAAACUGGAAUAAUUUACUGGUGAAUUUUUUUCAGGAUAGCCCAUGAUUUAUCUAGAAUAUAAUCUUUACAUAUCUGGAUCCUUCAAAUUAGACCAAAGGGAAUAUCUGGGCUGCAAGCCUCAAUUAGAAGUGUGGUAUGCUGCUAUGCUGCCAACUAGUGCUCCCUGACCUGUAUCUUCGGAGACCAGAACCCAGUGUGGUGGAUGACCAAUUCAUGCGUUGAACAAAAGAAGACCUCCUACAGGGCAGUGUAUGUGUCAUUACAGGUAUGGCACUUAGGGCUAAGUACCAUAAGGACUACAAGAAAACAAACAAACAAAAGUAACACAUGAAGCAUAUAGGAUAAGGAGGCACCACAGUCCAGAGCACAAGCCACUACCAUCUGUAUACCCUGAAGAACAGUGGAAAGUUUAAAUGUUGUUUUAUCAAAUUUCGAAAAAGAAGUGAAGAAAGAACCUAUCUGCCAGGAAGGGACAUCGUGGGGUGCAGCAUCCAGUUGGGUCAGGCUCUGCAUCCCCUGCUCAGAAACCUUCACCGCCUGGCUCAUGGUGAUGCUGGCAGCUGAGCAUCCCUGGAGAAGGUGCUUCAGUCUCCAGGCCUCGCAGAGAAGCUGGGGAGGUCCCCGGAGGAGGCUGGCCACACCCUGGCAAGCUCUGGGGGCUUCUGCACUCAGCUCUGAGCAGCGUCUGGCCUCUGGGCCACUUGCGGGGGAAGGGCUGGCCAAUACAUACACAGGGCUCAAGAUUAGGAAGCCGAUACCAUCCAGUCACCUCCCACUUCCUUCUCCAAAGGAGAGGGAGGUGAAGGUCCAAGAAGAGCCCCAAAGAGGCAUGGCAAAGAUGGAGGAUCACACAGAGACCAAAGGAGAGGACGAUCGGAAGAGGGGCCACCGUAGCAAUCGGGAUAUACCAUUGACAUCUAGGCCCCAGGAGACCAGUGGAGUCCUCACUUGCCUCAAGUGCGAUCCUGAGCCAGUGGACCUCCUUCCCGAGCACCCAGAAGACAACUUGAGUGAGAACGCCCAGAUGUCUCCAAUGAGCUCCUCCUCAGAAAGCCAUGUCAUCUGCUCAGAUGGAGAUCCUGGAGAUGUCCUGCCUCCUUGGAAGCCUGAGUCCCAUGCCAUGGUGUUCUCUGCCCCAACCGCAUGCUGCUCCCUGCUGCUGGAGAGGCUAAAAAAAGAAGUGCUGGGUGAAGACCACCGGCCCAAAUCACCAGGCUCACUGAUGUCUGGAAAGGAGCUGCAGCGUGAAAAAUCUUCAGACAUCCCAUCAAGAAGCUCCUCUUCCCUGGUGUCUACCAGCAGUAGGCCCUGCAAGCAGAAGAUUCCCCUGCCGCUUUUUCUGCUGCUGCCGGGACUGAGGUCGCCCCUGCCGCUGACAAGGGAUCGAGGAACACAACUUUUGUAAACUUUAUUUCUGUCAGAACCUGUCUCGCCAAGCCAUGGCUGGAAGAAUCUCUGGAUACAGAUCAGGGGCAGAGGGUCCUCACUAGCGGCGUCCAGUCUACCCUGCGGAGGCGGUCGGCGUUGAAGUCCAGCAGGCCCUUCCGCAGGGAGGCGCACACGGCGGGCAAAG